UUGGGUUGAAGAGGAUUGUAUUUGGGAGCUCAAAGGGGAAAAAAAGGGGGGGGGGGAAACCCCAAAGAGGGAGGGGUAAAUCAUAUAUGCAGAUAGAGGUUUCCAGGCUCGGUUUGGGGGGGCAUUGAUCCUUUUUUUUUUCUUUUUUUUUCCUUUUUUUUUUUUUUUGAUGGAUAGACUUCGAAGUAUCUCAAGCUGUUCUCCUGUGUCCAACACGGCCCUUUGCAGAUCUCCUUGAUAUUUUUUCCCCCCUUCAAUUAUUAGCACUACUACCAUUAUUUUCUUUUUAGCUAUCACAAGACUUUUUUUAUUUCCAGAUGUUAGUCCACACCUAUUCCGCCAUGGACCGGCAUGAUGGAGUGCCCAGCCACAGUUCCAGGUUGUCCCAGCUGGGAUCCGUCUCCCAGGGACCCUACUCCAGCGCUCCUCCGCUCUCUCACACCCCAUCCUCGGAUUUCCAGCCGCCUUACUUCCCACCCCCCUACCAGCCUCUUCCUUACCACCAAAGCCAGGACCCUUACUCCCAUGUCAAUGACCCCUACUCCCUAAACCCCCUGCAUCAACCCCAGCAGCAUCCCUGGGGCCAGAGGCAGAGGCAAGACGUGGGAUCGGAGACAGGGUCACUGUUGCCGCAGCCUCGGGCCGCCCUGCCCCAGCUCUCAGGCCUGGAUCCCAGGCGGGACUACCACUCCGUGAGGAGGCCAGAUGUCCUGCUCCACUCAGCUCACCAUGGCCUUGACUCCGGGAUGGGGGACAGCCUUGCCCUGCACGGCAUCGGGCACCCAGGGAUGGAGGAGGUCCAGUCAGUUGAAGAUGCCAAUAACAGCGGUAUGAACUUAUUGGACCAGUCUGUCAUUAAAAAAGAAAGGCGCUGUCCGUUGUACAAAAGGCAUCGGGGGGCUCUGGGUGAGACACAGGCUCAAACCCGAAAGUUGCCAGUUCCCGUUCCUCCAAAAUCUGUUACUUCUUUGAUGAUGAACAAAGAUGGCUUCCUGGGUGGAAUUUCAGUCAAUACUGGAGAGGUGUUUUGCUCUGUACCUGGCCGCUUGUCUUUGCUUAGUUCAACUUCAAAGUAUAAAGUAACUGUAGGAGAAGUUCAAAGACGCCUUUCUCCUCCAGAGUGUCUGAAUGCAUCCCUUCUAGGAGGAGUACUUAGAAGAGCCAAAUCGAAAAACGGGGGGAGAUCUUUGCGAGAAAGGCUAGAAAAAAUCGGUUUGAAUUUACCAGCCGGGAGGCGUAAGGCCGCAAAUGUCACUUUACUCACUUCUCUGGUGGAAGGUGAGGCCGUUCAUUUAGCCCGGGAUUUUGGGUACAUCUGCGAAACCGAGUUCCCAGCCAAAGCUGUUUCUGAGUACUUGAACAGACAGCACACGGACCCCAGCGACCUCCACUCCAGGAAAAACAUGCUGCUUGCUACAAAGCAACUUUGUAAAGAAUUUACAGAUCUCUUGGCCCAGGACAGGACACCCAUUGGAAACAGCCGGCCCACCCCUAUAUUGGAACCGGGCAUUCAGAGCUGCUUGACUCACUUCAGCCUCAUCACUCACGGCUUUGGGGCCCCCGCUAUCUGUGCUGCCCUCACGGCCCUUCAAAACUACCUGACUGAAGCUCUCAAAGGCAUGGACAAGAUGUUCUUGAACAACAACACUGCUAACAGGCACACAUCUGGCGAAGGACCAGGUAGUAAAACUGGAGACAAGGAAGAGAAACACAGAAAAUGAGAGAAAGGGAGAGGAAAAAAUAAAGAGAAAGAAAGAAAGAAAGGAAAAGAAAAAAGUAAAAUAAAAAAAAAGGAGAAAAGAGAGAGAUAACCUUUUAAAACAAAACCGUCUUAAUUUUAGCUUUAAAAAUACUGGAUUGGGCUUUGGAAGAAUUCUAUUAGGUAGGACAAAAUAAGAAUAAUAAUAAAAAAUAAUAAUAAUUAAAGAAAGACAAUAAUUUAAGAUCAGAGGAGCACAAUGGCGCAAGACCAGUGGUUCAGAGUCUCUUGCCAGGAACAUAUGAAGACAACCACCAGGAUUUUUUCCCCACUUCUGUUCCUUUAUAGUUUUUAAAUAAUGAUUUGGAGGGAGGGAAGUAAAAUAAUAAUUAAUAAUAAUAAUAAAAGAAAGAAAUGAAUAACUUAUUGGAAGAAAUUGGAGAAACAUUUUUGGUGUCAGUGCUUUGAUUUCUUGAGCUGCACGGUCUGUCUUGCUAUUACUUUUAUUUUAUUCUUUUAUCUUGUUUGUUGUUGUUGUUUUUCUGAACAUCUUGUCUCCACCCUACCUAACAUGUUCUUCCAGAUCAUUCCUUUCUGAGAAAACCCAUAGUUUCAUUCCCCUCAACUCUUCCCAUCUCAUCUCACCACCCUGGUUCUGUCUAGACUAGGAAAGGAAGGAAGGUGAGCGCACAGACCUCUCAUGAAGCCAUCUACCCCAGCCAGUUCAAGCUGCAUUCAUGGCAGCAUCUUAAGGUUAGAUGUCAUUAGAUGGGACAUUUCAAGUCAUUGUAGCUUACCGGAAUUAUCUAACUCUAUUUUUCAAGAACUUUUUUCUUUUUCCUGGUCUAGACAGACUCUCUGUUUAGAUUGCCAGCGUUUACAGGUGUGUAUGGGCGCGUGUGUACCUAUGUGUGUGCAUGUGCAUAUGUAUAUGCACGCACAUAACUUGGUAGGGAUGCGUGUGUAUCCUGUGUAUGUUUGUAUAUAUAUAUGGAUAUAUAUGGGUAUAUACAUAUAUAUAAUAUGUGUGUAUAGCCACACAUAUUCAUGCAUGCAAACAUACCUUUGUAACUUAGUACUUGUCUAUGAUGGUAAAAUGCUUUGUCUACAAUGCGUUGCAGAAUUUGAAAUUAAGGUCAGCUCUAUCUGAUUUCUUAAUUUUCUGAGAUGUCCUCUUUUUCUCUAGGGAGUUUUAUAUUCCUAACUAUGCCAAUGUUUCAGUCCUUAAUUUCCUUGAGUACUGUGUGUGAGAGAUAUCUUCCACCCAUUUUUAAAGAACUGUUAACAACAACAAAAAAUGAGUGAUAUGAGUAUGUAAUUCUUUCUCAGGUGUAUGCACUAUUUUAUUUUCUUCUGUUUCCUAAAGCUUUGCCCGCUUGGCUUAUGAGCUUCUUCAAAGAGGACUAGAGAUCCCUACACAAUAUAUCAGGUACAGAGAAAAAAAAUCCACAAUUCUGAUAUUCUGAUACUUUUCUUUCUUUCUUUUUUUUUUUUUUUCAAAUCAAAGCCAGUUGUUUCUGAAUUCUGUAGGUGCACUUCUUUAAAGAAGCUCAAAGGGAAUAAUUUGAAUGAGAUAAAAAUAUAAGUUGAAAUCAAGGUGUAAUAUCACAAAGAAAAUAAGAGCUGUGUCGAAUGUUACCAUGCUUGCUUGGCAUUAGGGUUUUGCACCCAGGGAGGAAUGGGUUGCCAUGUGAGCUGGCUCCUCGUGAUGGGAGUGGGGAGGGCUUGCCAGGGAAUAUCCUGAUUUCUGAGCUCAGUCUGAGAAAAUCUGUUUCUCUUAGAAAGCUUUAAAAAAAAAAAAGUCUUGUGACUCUUGCUUUAGAACAAGUUGGUGUGGUAGGGGAAAAAAACUUCUUACUGACAAUGUUUUUCUUGGUGGUUUGGUGUCUGACAGGAUGUCUUAUGCAUAUGAUUGGGGGGGUAGAGAGGGAGUCUGAUUUCUUUCCCUUUUUUUUUUUUUAACAUACAUUUCUUUGUCUCCUAUGGUAAAAAUGAUGCUGAAGUGUAAGGAUCUGAUUUUCUGUUCGGAUUCUGCCACAUUGGGUAAUUGCAUAUGUGUUCCUCAGUGGGGUAGGGUUCACGCACUAACACAUCUUUUUGCUUAUGUCAGACAGUUACUAAGUGUGGGUAAAUCUCCUGGAGUUUAUGGUAAAAUUCCAGUGGGGUCAGGCCUCCUCCUAGGAUCCCUGUCAAAGCUGCAGGAACCAAUCCCACCAGCCCAAGCAGGCACACCUGAACUCGAAACAAGGCAGACAGAGAAACAAAAGAGAAGCCUUAGCCUUGUUUUAGUUUCUACAUACCUUCCAAAGUGGAUGGUGGGGGACAAAUAAUUCAGCAGUACUCUCAACAUUCCCCAACAAUAUUUUCUCAAAACAAAAAGGCAAAUGAGCCUUUUGAUUGACACUCUCAGUACCCUUAGCUACCUGAGAAAUGACUACAGCUGAGGGCCUGCUCUGCUUUUCAAAUCUUUGUGCAGCAAGCAAAAGUCUCUUGGCUCUUGUUCCCUACCUGUGAGUUGGGCACACAUAUGGCAAUGGAAACCCAGGAAUCCUCCAGACUCCAGGAGCCCUAACCCCUUUGGAGCUGCUCCUCAUUCAUCUACUUUUUGUUCUUCUGGGGCAGAGUGCUAUAGGGAAUCUCAUGUGACAAAAGGGGGAAACUGAGGCAGACAGCCUUCUCCAUGGGCUGCUGGGAUGUGUUGGAAGUAUUCUUCAACCCUAGCAGGUCCAUGGCAGUGGGUUUCACACGUGGCAUGUCCUGCGGAUGUCACUGCGUAAAGUGUAGAUUCCUGAGAUAUGUAGAUCUCAUGGAUCCCACACUGGUAGUCUGGGGACGCCCAGACUGAAAAGCUGCUCCCAGGCAGCCUCUGGUCCUCCAAAGCCUACCCAUUGCCAAUCACACACAGUUUCAGCAGGAUCCUGGGGAAGGAUAAUCCAAGCUGCUGUGCAGAGAAUGCCUCAGCAGGGAUGUGCUGGGAAAGAAAGGGGUAUAUGCAUGUGUGUGUAUCUGGGGAGAAAUGAAUGGCACCACCUGAAAGCACAUCUCCCUUCUCUACCCAACCGGAAUAUUCUGUUUACUGAAACAGAGCACAAAGCGUUGAAUGUUGCUUUGCCUGCCCUCUGCAAAAACCUUUGUGAGAAGAACGUGGGUCCAGCCACCCCAGUGGGGUAUCUGGGGGUGAGGAGACCUCAGGUUAGCUCUCAGCCUUCUGCCUCCCUAGUUGUACAUGCAGGGACCUGGGGACCUGCUCCAUCUCAACCCAGAUCUUCCAGCUGAAAUCUUUGGCAGUGAGGUUGGGAAUGGUCCUUCACUAUCUUUUGGGUGGAUGUUGGGGAUGCUCUUUUUAACUGCAGAAGACAGUAUCCCACCACCACUGUGGGUUAAUGAGAAGAGGGACGCACUUGCAACUUCUUGUGGAAAGACCUGCACAUGCAUGUGUGAGCACCUGAUAACGCUGCUGAAAUUUGCCUUAGACACAGGUUGGUCACCUGCACCAGGACCUAAACCUUGAGAAGGCUGAGGGAAGAGUUUCACUUGACUCCUGGCAACUUUGGAUUUGCCCUUUGUGCCUUCUAAACACCAUUCCAAAUGCCAGGCUGUGCUUUGCUCAGGUGAAAUAAAGUCAAAUGUAAAAUCCCCAUUGAUUUCAGUGGGAUAUCCAUGACUUGUCCCUCAGAGUAUGCAGAAAAAACCCCACAAGGUUUCUGAUUUAAAUGUAAACAGGAAGAAAACAUGGCAUAGGAGUAUAUUCAUCUCUGUUCUUCCCCCUAGCCUACUGCUGGUCCCUGAGGGAAUUGCCCAUUUCUCAGUGGCUCCUACCAUUUCGAGGGGACUGAGGUCCCCUCAAAACAAAACUCAGUCUCCCACUGGAAAACAUUUUCCUGCUCCCCUCCACUUUGCCAGCCCCAAUACUUGUCAGGCUAGGCACCUCAGACGUUUAUCUGGUAACUGAGUUAUUAAAAGAUUUGGUUUCCUUGGGAUCAUAAAUCAAUAAACAGGAGGAUUAACACGGCAGCUUUGCUUUUUAACUCAAGGGAAAUAUCUGAGGAGAGACCGUGAAAAGUUUGUUUUCAAACCAAACAGGUGGGUUACUGUAAAUUUUAUUUCAUUCUUAGUUUUUUUUUUUUUUAAUAACAAUUCUUUGUUUUCUGUUAGGAAGGUCUUUGUUUUUGUACUCUCCCUGACUUUUUUUUAUUCGCCUGGUUGGUAUUCACACAAGAUGUGAAGGAAACAAGAAGCCAAUUUUAUGGGAAUCCUUUUACAACCCGAUAAUUUCUUUAAGAUCGGGUUGUGUCUUGUCCCACCUAAUAGAAAUUCUCUGUGAGAAGCUGUUUUAAGUCCCUUUGCAUCCCAGACCAACCUCUCCCAAAAAUCCCUAAAUUUACAUUUGGGAUUGGGAGGGAGAGGGGGAAGGAUGGUUUUAAGACCUUUAGCUAUGCCCAAAGGGCUUAUUGACUUCCCCUGCUCAUCCCUUUCUGACCAGUUUAUCACGCAGACUUAUUUGGCUCUGUUUUAACAUGUUUCUUGGAGAAUUUGGUGCUCAUUUCAGCUGCCACAAGCAUUGCCAGAUUGAUCCGGCCAAACUCCUGCUCCCCUUCAUCUUCCCUGUGUGUGAGAGGCUGUAAGCUUUUUACAAAUAGUAUAUUUUCUUAUACAAAGGGAGAAAGUAAAAGCAUAUAUCCCCAAACACACUGGCAAAUGCCUGAACAUUUUGAGAGAGAUGAAACAUUGUGUGCUAGCAAGAAAUAAAGGAAAAAAAAAACCCCAAACAAAUACAAAGCUUUGAAAAAGAGAGUGAGAAACUGGAAAGAUAAAAGAAAAAACUAAUAAUUCUCCUUUUAUGCCCCAAAUGAUCCCUUUCACCUCCUCUUCUUGAAAAAUCUGACCAUGCAGUGAGAAAUAUCAGUUUAUCGACUCUUCCUGAGAAGAAAUGUGGAGAGGCAUUCAGUAUUGAGUUUGUAUAUAUUUAUUUAUGCUUAAUUUAAUGGGAAUGUGUAAAUAUGGCGAGCAAGUAGUUUUUGGGUUAUUUAUCUGUGAAUCUAUACCUCUGUGAAUGGGUGGGGGAAUUUAAAACAAAAAGUAAAAUAAAUAAUUAAAAAAAAACAAAAAAGAAAAAAAACAAAACCAACAAAAAAAAAAAAAAUCCCGCUUGACUAGAUAGUAUCCUAUCUGAAUCUUUUCUGUUCUUUAUAGACAAGCUGUUAUGGUAAUGGGUAGAAAUUGGUUUCUUGUCCAGUGAUGACCUGAUUUACAUAAAUAAUAAGAAUAAGAAUAAAAGAAAAAGAGAUUGU